GGGACAGAUGAAGGCUGUUAGGUUAUGGAUCCUUUCCGGUUACUGAUGACUCCGACAGUUCUGCAGAGAGCCGUGCAUCUCGUUCGACGCUUCGAUCAGUGUCGAUGCGGCCUGCGAGCAUUCAGCAAAAAGUCCAUCGCGGCGCUGGACGCCGCGAAUGACGGCAUCAAAAAGCCGAGACCGAAGACGGUGGAAGUGCCGAAGAUCACGCUGAUAUCGCUCGACAACUCGAUCACGGUGACUAUACUGGAGGACGCGCAGCGUCUGGCGAAACGUCGCAACUUGACCCUCACCAAGAUCACCGACUUCGACAGCAAGACGCAACGAGCGGUAUAUAAGCUGUUAAGCAACUCCGAUCACAUCGAGGAGACUGAUGAGAUCGCCGAGGUCGAGGACAAGGACAAGGAUGAACAGAAGCUCAGAAGUGAAAAGAUGUUCUAUAUAUCCGCGAAGAUCGCCGAGCACGAUCUGAAAACGAAGCUGAAAAACAUAGUCAAGUUGUUGAACAAGAAACACAAGAUUAAACUUGUGAUCAAAGACGAUAGCCAUGAGAACAAGACGAAAAGCAUCAUACAGGAUAUGAUAAAGGACCAUGGUAGCAUACAGCAGAUGCAGUCAAAGAAGAAUAUGGCUUUACUUGUAAUAACUCCUCUGUCAAACAAUGACACCUCGGCGAAUAGUAAAGAAACAAUCAGUGCAAAUAGCCAAAGCAACAAUGCGUGAAAUUUGAUGUAAGAGAAGAGAGUAAAAUAAGAAUAGCGAUGGAGAAUGAUGAAAAGGGGACAUUUGUUAUUGAGGACAAUCGAUUUUGGGGCACUUCUUAAACUCUGCUAGAGCUGGACAGAGCUUGGCCCAUAAUCCACGCGGCUGCACCAUCACGCUUCUGACUCUGGUGCGCAAAGCCACGCCGCAAGUCGCACUGCAUUUCGACCACGCUGACCACUUCGUCACCUUGCAAUCUACGGAAACUAUCGCGCAAAACGAGCGAUCAGACACGCAAACAUUUAAUGUAAAUUAAACAAGUGUUAAUAUAUGUAUAACAGUAAGUAAAUCCGCUCCAAGUGAUUACAUGCUGUAAUUGUACUUAUUGAAAGUAGUCGAAAGUAAAAAUUAAUAAAUAAUUGAAAGUGAGAAUC